ACCUCUACCCAAAAAAUAAAAAAAUCUCCAUUCCACUGAAGAAAACCAAUCGAAUCUUCCAACCGAAUACUAGAGAGAGAGAGAGAGAGAGAGAGAGGCGAACUGGCGAAGUCUCUGUCUUCUUCUCUUCUCCAACCAAUAGCAGGGGAUGCUUUGUGUCGUUUUAUAAAUGCUUCAACACUUACGCGGAAUCUCUUUACCUGCAACGGAGAUAGGAGAUUAGAGAGAGCUCAGAUAGCUCGCUCUGCGACAACCCUAACCGGUUUUUAUUGCAAUUCUAAUUACAGUAUAUUCGAUGGUGAGCUGUUGUGGUUUGUUCUCUUCGGAAAUGAGUUGAAGAGGAAAUUUUUCUAUAAUCGAAAGAGUUGGAAAGUUUUUGCUGAAGUUCUGAAAUUCGGAGUCGGUUGAAGCUCUGGGAAUUUUUGAAUAUGAUGGCUAUUCGAGUCCUCAAUGGGACUAGCCACACUUUGCAUUCAUUUAUUGGUUUUUGAGAUUUUAAUGGUUUUUUAUUAUUCUGUGGCUGAGUUUUUGUUUUGAAGCUGACCCCACUUGGGUAUAUUUGUUUGUGACAAGUUAUAGUUAAAAUUUCUCCAAGCGGUGAUCUUCAAGCUUUGUGUUUUUUUAUCCUCUGGUGGGUUGUUUUUCUGUUGUGGGAGGUCGGUAGGCAUGGAUGGAUUGCUCCGACUCUGAGCUUUCAACUUCAUGGCCUCUUGGGGUUUCUGCUUUUCUGGUGAAAUGGAUCUUUAAGUUUCCUUCUUGUGGAUUAUCGAUUUGCUGGUUAUUGGUGUAUUUGAUUUGAAGCACAAAUAAAAAUUGGUUGGGGAGAAGAUUAAUUGAAAGAGCAGGGAGUGAAUCGGGACGUAGAUUGAUGGCUUCUGUGGCUUCGACAUCAAUGGAUGAACAUGGUACUAAUAAAGGUAACAUGUGGGUUUUGGAGCAAAAGCUUGAUCAGCCCAUGGACGAGGAGGCUGGAAGAAUCAAAGAUAUGUACAGAGAAAAGAAAUUCUCGGCUAUGUUAGUUUUGAGACUUGCAUUCCAAAGUCUUGGAGUUGUAUAUGGAGACUUGGGCACAUCUCCCUUGUAUGUUUUCUACAAUACAUUUCCCCGUGGAGUCAGAGAUCCAGAUGACAUCAUUGGAGCUCUCUCAUUGAUUAUAUACUCUCUUACUCUUGUUCCGCUCAUCAAAUAUGUCUUUCUUGUGUUGAGAGCAAAUGAUAAUGGUCAAGGUGGUACAUUUGCUCUUUAUUCAUUACUCUGCCGACAUGCUAAGGUGAAAACUAUACCGAACCAACACAGGACAGAUGAAGAGCUAACAACAUACAGCAGACAUGUAUACCAUGAGAAAUCAUUUGCUGCAAAAACUAAGAGAUGGUUAGAGGGACAUGAAUACAAGAAGAAGGCACUUCUUAUUCUUGUCCUUGUUGGCACUUGCAUGAUGAUUGGGGAUGGGAUUCUAACUCCAGCCAUAUCAGUUCUUUCAGCUGCUGGGGGAAUAAAAGUAGACCACCCUAAUAUGAGUAACGAUGUAGUUAUUGUAGUUGCCGUAGUAAUAUUAGUAGGUUUGUUUAGCAUGCAACAUUAUGGCACAGAUAGAGUUGGGUGGCUGUUUGCUCCAAUUGUCCUCCUUUGGUUUCUCCUUAUUGGAACUAUUGGUGCGAUCAACAUAUGGAAGUACGAUAGUACUGUUCUGAAAGCUUUCUCCCCAGUUUACAUUGGUCGGUAUCUCAGGCGAGGAGGGAAAGAAGGUUGGACCUCCCUUGGAGGGAUCAUGCUUAGUAUCACAGGGACAGAAGCACUCUUUGCUGACCUAGGACAUUUUCCCGUCUUGGCUGUUCAGAUUGCAUUCACAGUAGUUGUGUUUCCUUGCCUACUUUUAGCAUAUUCUGGACAAGCUGCCUACCUUCUGAGACACCAGGGUCAUGUGCGAGAUGCAUUUUAUCGUUCCAUUCCAGACAGCGUGUACUGGCCUAUGUUUAUUAUUGCAACAUUAGCUGCUAUUGUUGCUAGUCAGGCCACCAUAUCUGCAACGUUUUCAAUUAUCAAACAAGCACAAGCACUUGGCUGCUUUCCCAGAGUAAAGGUGGUUCAUACAUCAAAGAAGUUCCUUGGCCAGGUUUAUAUUCCAGAUAUUAAUUGGGUCCUCAUGAUUCUAUGCAUUGCUGUUACUGCUGGAUUCAAAAAUCAAAGCCAGAUUGGAAAUGCUUAUGGAACGGCAGUUGUGGUAGUCAUGCUGGUGACGACAUUUCUCAUGAUUCUAAUCAUGUUGCUUGUCUGGCGCUGCCAUUGGAGUCUUGUUCUAAUCUUCAGUGCUUUAUCAUCAGUUGUGGAACUAGCAUACUUUUCAGCUGUACUUUUCAAGGUUGAUCAAGGCGGUUGGGUCCCACUCGUAAUUGCAGCAGCCUUUCUUGUCAUCAUGUAUGUUUGGCAUUAUGGAACAGUGAAGCGUUAUGAGUUUGAGAUGCACAGUAAAGUUUCCAUGGCAUGGAUCCUUGGGCUAGGUCCCAGCUUGGGUUUGGUCCGAGUCCCUGGUAUAGGAUUUGUGUACUCUGAAUUAGCGAGCGGGGUGCCCCACAUUUUUUCUCAUUUUGUCACCAACCUCCCUGCCAUCCAUUCUGUUGUUGUAUUUGUGUGUGUGAAGUACCUCCCUGUAUAUACAGUGCCUCAAGAUGAGAGGUUCCUUGUAAAAAGGAUUGGGCCUAAGAAUUACCAUAUGUUUCGGUGUGUUGCAAGGUAUGGUUACAAGGAUCUCCACAAGAAGGAUGAUGAUUUUGAGAAGAUGCUCUUUGAUAGCCUUAUUUUGUUUGUCCGUCUUGAAUCAAUGAUGGAGGGAUAUUCGGACUCAGAGGAAUACAGUUUGAAUGGUCAGCAAACCAUGCAGUCAGAGGACUUCCUACUAACCCAGAAUAGCAGCAUAGUCAACUCCAAUGUGGAGCGGAUAAUAUCAGGUGAUGACUCAAUUGUACCCAUUGAGUCCCCAUUGCCAGCCAACAGCACGGUGAGGUCAUCGGGGCAGAUCAGCCAUGUGGCAGAUGAGUUGGAGUUCUUGAACUGUUGCAGAGAUGCUGGGGUGGUGCACAUUCUGGGAAACACAGUGGUAAGGGCGUCGAGAGAUUCAUGGUUCCUUAAGAAAAUUUCCAUAGAUUACAUAUAUGCCUUCCUUAAGAAAAUCUGUAGAGAGAACAGUGUGAUCUUCAAUGUUCCUCAUGAGAGUCUUCUGAACGUUGGACAAAUAUUUUAUGUAUAAUUCAUUUUUGAGUCUGGUUCAAUAAGAGAAAUCAUGGUUAGUUGUCUUUUGA